AUGUACUUACAUGUACAUGUACUCGACAAUUAUGAGUGUGUCAGUGCAGAGGAUUACAACAAUCACCUUCAGAGCCAAAGGCACCGCGACAUGAUCACGGCAUCCGUGCGCGUCCCGCAAAUACACGUCCAGCGUCGGCUGCAGAUGGGUGGAUCAUCAGCUUCAGCUAGCUCCAUGGAAAGCGCUUCUUCCCUGGAGAGAGAAACUAGCUUUGAAUCAGUGCAAUCGGGGCGAUCCAUGCCCCCCUCCGGACUGGUAAGCAUGCCCAGUAUCUCAGCAGAGGUUCCCUGUACGGGAACUGUGCCACUAUCCUUGGUUAAAGUUCCAACAAUAACCGUAUCGCCUAAUCACCAACGAAGGGAGGAGAGUUAUGAACACUCCCCUUCCAGGGAUGACAAUAGUCCAAGUCAGAGGCAGUGUAUACCCCAAGGUAGGGGAGGUUCAGCUAACCUCCCAGUCAUCUCUCACAUAGUUUCUCUACACCAGAACGGUAAGGAAUCUGCAACUAGGCGCUCCCCUCUACGAGAGAGCAGGUCCACCUCGGGAUCUGCACCCAAAUCCUAUGAAUCCUAUGAGUCGGGUAAAAGUUCGUCCAGUUUUGAGUCUCCAGGUUUUCUCCUCCCCAAGGCAUCUGCUGUGUCGCCUCAGCGGUCAAGCCGUACCCCGAGCCCCCAAGGCACGCCCUUGCUGAUGAUUGGGGGCAUGCACGGGAGGCCGGACGACUCGCCCCACAAACGAAGGUGCCUAAGUCAUACUGGAUCCUCCAGUUUGGAAUCUCAGCCGUCCUCGGAGCUGAUGGCGGGUGUGUGGGGAAGCCAGCCCACCCCGGUCAUCUGCCGUGACAACAGCACGCAGGAUGACGUCUGGAGAUGCGAGUUCUGUCACAUCAUCUUCCCAGAUAACAUCAUGUACGCCAUCCACAUGGGCUGCCACGACCUCCGCAAUCCUCUUCAGUGUAACAUCUGCGCCUUCCAGUGCCAAGAUAGGUAUGAGUUCACCUCGCAUAUAGCCAGAGGCUUGCAUAGCAAAAGCCCCUCUGGGCGAGGAAGCCAGUAUUAAUGUUGAAAUCAACAGGUAUCUAUUUGAAAGAAAAAUAUUCAAAUUUAAAAAUACUGGGAAUAUAUUUUACUGUUUAACACGUAAGAGAUUAAAUAAUUUAAAAGCAGAAAAUCUACAUUUUUAUUCAUCAUGAGAAUAUAAAUCCGUAUACAGCUGUUUAUCAAUUAAGUACGUAAUUUGCUGUAGGUUUGGUGUAACUUGCACAAACUCAUGCAAUAGACAUGAUAGAAUCAUUGGUGUAAAACCUAACCACUGAUAGGAAAAGCUACAUGUACCUAGACAUGUUCAGUACACAUAGUAGGCUGUAAAUUUGCGACCCAAAUUCUAACCCGCUUUGGAUUUUUACUAUGAACCUUCUGAAAUUCUUCAAAUUAUUCUUAAAUCAUGUGUACAAGACUUCUUGGUUCAUUUCAUCAGCACUGGAUCGUCACAUUGCACUGUUCAUGAGCAAGGCUUAAACUAUAAAGGUCUAUGCGAUGAAUUUUUCUUAACACACUUUG